AUGCUGGCAGGGUCGUUAUUCGGAUUCUUCCUCGAUAUUUCGCAACCGCCAAGCAGGCCACUGAGUCGUAAAUUUAUUGGUGAACUAGUCGAUCACUGCGUUAGUCUAUAUCCGGAGAUAAUAACAUUCACUCCUCUCGAAUUCAAAGCGUUUUUCUUUUUUUUUCAUAUCGGUUGUCGUCAUCUUUUUGAGAUUUUGACGUCAUCCCUUACUUAUUGUUUUUCUCCUUCCUUUUCUAACCGCCUUUCAUUACCUCUGCCUCGUUCUCUUUGUUCUUUUUACUUUUUCUUUGUAAUUUUCUCUUCCAUAUUUCUUUCCUAUAUUCAUGAACAUACUUUUAUCUUAUGUUUUUUGUUUUUCUCUUUCAUCAUUGAUUGUUAUUCAAAUUUUCUUUCAUUCUUUCUUUUCUAUAGAUCGUAUCCUUUCUUUCUUUUCAAUAGUCUUUAUCUUUAUUUUUGCAUAUAUCAUAUCAUUAUUUCUUCUUUUUCUUUCUUUCAUUACUUUGCCACAUUUCUUUUGUAUUCUUUUUUCUUUUACGUAGAUAUUUUAUUCUUUUUGUUCCUUUUUUUUUCUCAUAUUUUUUCUAUAUUAUCAUUUCAUUGUUUCUUUCUUUUCUCAUUUCUUUCUUUCUUUUUUAUUUCUUUCUGUCUUUUCUCCUUUCUUUACUUCUUUUUACUUCUUUCUUUCUCCUUUCUUUUCUCAUUUCUUUCUUUCUUUCUUUUCUCAUUUCUUUCUUUCUUUCUUUUCUCAUUUCUUUCUUUCUUUCUUUUGACUUUUAUCUCUAUAUUAUCAUUUCAUUCUUUCCUCUUUUCUCAUUUCUUUCUUUCUUUUCUCAUUUCUUUCUUGUCUCAAUUGUUUUCUUUGUUUCUUUUUUAUUGUCCUUACUCAUUUUUCUUUUUUUUCUCUCGAUUAUUUUAUCUUCUACAUUAUAUGUACUUACCCCUUCUUUUUUUCUUUUUCUUUAUUAACUCUUUUUCGUUUUCCUUUUUCCUCAAAUUUCUUUCCCUUUCUUUUAAAAUUCUUCCUUUUUUCUCUUCUCAGAUUUUUAUCGCUAUCACUAUUACUCUAGUUUGCUGCCUUCUCGCUAUGGCCACCGCCACUAUUCUCUUCAUCAUGCUACUUCUUUUUACCCCCCAACUCGACGUUUUCCCGCCCUCACCAUACAUUUUCCCUUUACUUCUGAUUGUUCUUUCCUCAGGAACCCUUACUUACUCGCCCUUCCAAUAUUUCCUUUCCUAUAUCGCCCGACCUACUUUCUUCCCCGUCAAAUUCACAAAUCUCUUUUGGCGCCUGCCGUCCCUGGCUUUGUCACAUCCCGGUUCAACGCAUUAG